UUACACAAUCGUUGCUGUGUUUUCUUGUGCGGUCUCGUUUUCAGCUCAAACUCAAUAGUUUGUUUGGUAUUCCGUUUAUUAAACCUCGACCGACUCUACCACCAUGACUGAAGCCAGCUCCUCGCUUCGUCUGCGGCCAUUAACGAAGGAAAACAUUCUUUUCUACUAUUUUCCACUGAAGGGUAUGGUCAGUUAUGCGGCGUUGUCCGUCAACGUAAUGAACCCUUCGAUCGCGAUCAAAUUGCUGCCCAAGCGAGAUGUGACGAACUUCCUGUUACUGCAUACCAUUUUCGGCACCACGCUGUAUAUGUACAGCCGGCCGCAUCUGAAAGCUUUGCCAUCGAACAAACGUGUAGCGUACAGUAUCUGCGGAUCGGUACUGUUCAGUUUCGGUUCGGUGCUUGUGUGGGCAGUGCUCCGGUCAGCCAUUCCCCGCAACCAGGGCCUUUCGACUGCGCUCGGCCUUUCGUCGGGACUGCUCAUUGCAAAACUGUCGUACGAUUAUCUGGAGAACAACGAUAGCCAAGCUGUCGUGAAGAAGAACUAAUGCAAUCAUCAGUUGCGGAUUAUAUGUGUCCAACUUUUUCAUCCAGUACAUUAAAACGCAAUGCGAGUCAACUUCGGGGAGACAACAUCUUUAGCCCUUUGUCAUGUUUCUACCGAGAACGAUGGUGCAUAAUUGUUAGUUUGAGCAUUCGUAAUUAAAUACACCAAGAUAAUUGCUAUUUCUAUUACCCUAUUCA